AUGAAUAAGAAAGGUCUUGCCAUUUUGAUGCGAACCAAAAUGAGACCUCGUUCCCCAGCCAGCUCCAACAAGUUUAAUCAAAUGCAAAUUGCUCUGCAGGACGGAAACAGAGUACCUGAUCAAAAUGCCUCCAACAAUACGGAGAGAGAAUUUGAGCAAGUACAAGAGUCGAUGCGCUUGGCCAUAUCGAUGAAUAAAACGGAAAUUGUAGAUGCUGUACUAAAUGAUUUCUCAGAGGGCUAUUUUACUCUCUCACAAGAAGACCGCAGAAAAUUACUCCUUAUACUUUCUAGAGAGUAUGACCUCAGUAGGACUCAAGUUCAUGAACUGAUGAAGCAAUAUCUCGGUCUUGAUCUUCCUACUGGUGACAAAGCUCAAGAUAAUGAUCAAGAAGAAGGCUCGCUUUCCGCUUUCUAUAGAAUUGAGCGGAAUUUGAGACAUGCUCUCAAGCCAAUGUAUGAAAUUUUAUUUGAACGGCUCAACACUCACACUGGAGGGUUGAAGUUCUUGUCCAUUAUUCGAGCUGAUAUCCUAUCUAUUCUCGUGGAGCAAAACAUUGCAUCUUUAAGAGCAUUAGACUCCUACUUGAAAGAGAAACUUAUAACAUGGCUUAGUCCUGCUAAUCUAGAACUUCAUCACAUUACAUGGGAUGAUCCUGCUUCUUUGCUGGAGAAAAUUGUGGCAUUUGAGGCUGUCCAUCCGAUCAGCAGUCUUAUAGAUCUAAAAAGAAGGCUGGGAGUAGGUCGUCGUUGUUUUGGAUAUUUACAUCCGGCAAUACCGGGUGAACCACUUAUCUUUAUUGAAGUUGCCCUAUUGAAGAAUGUGGCUCAGACAAUACAGGAAGUUCUAUGGGAUGAUCCUCCAAUACCCGAAUGUGAGGCAACCUGCGCAUUGUUUUACUCUAUAUCGUCGACUCAGGUAAGAAUGGUUUUCUUUCGCAUUUGUGUAUAA